CUAACCAAAGUCGAUGAAUGAGAUAACUUUGCGUCCAAAUAUGAGAAUUUUUGGCUCCUAAAGGAGAUAGCAGCACAGUUCAUUUUCAAAUCCCGAUUAGAGGAGUGUUGUGCAAAAGGAAAAAUAGGAUCGUUGAAAAAGGAAAAAUAGGAGAAUUAUCAAAAAGAAUAAUAGUAGUUUGCAGGGAGUCAAGAUGGCCGAGUUGGUCUAAGGCGCCAGUUUCAGGUACUGGUCCGAAAGGGCAUGGGUUCGAAUCCCAUUCUUGACAGUUGAAUUUUUUACUUCUCCCAAAUCACAUGUAUCCUCUCUCUCUUUUUUGGCUUUUGGGACGUGACCAUCUUUAUAUCUUUGGAUUUGAAGGAUCUGUUUCUCAAAGUGUCUACUCAGAAGACAUAAUAUGUGUACCAAUUUUUUUUGCUGUCUUUAGUUCAGAGACAUCAAUUUUGGAGCAGCAGUCUAACGAGCUAAUUAUCUUCAUACGUCAUCCAUUGCGUUCACCAUCUAAACUUAUAUAGUAAAAGAAAGCACACCAAGUAAUUCUACUACAGUGUAGCACAAAACUAACCUCUCGUUUCUUCUAGUCAAACCUAAAGAUUACGCAGCUUAUAGUUAGUGGAAAUUCUAUUUAGAGAGUGGAAACUCUACGACAUCCAUGAUAUUAGCAUUAAAAAAAAAGAGAAAUAAGAAAAAACUAAUGGAAGAUGAAAAUAAAGUUACUCUACAUGGAAUGUGGAUUAGCAGUUACGCGAAAACAGUGGAGUUGGCUCUCAAAAUCAAAGGCAUAGCUUUUGAUUAUGUUGAAGAAGAUUUGAGCAACAAAAGUUCUCUGCUUCUCAAAUAUAAUCCCGUUUAUAAGAAGGUUCCAGUAUUACUUCACCGUGGAAGACCUGUAUCUGAGUCCCUUGUAAUUCUUGAGUAUAUCGACGAAACCUGGAAAAACCAACCGCGAUUCUUACCAGAUGAUCCUUAUGAAAGAGCAAGAGUUCGUUUUUGGGCUAUUUACUGCCGUCAGAUAUCAGACACCAUGAAGAAAGCAUUCAUUUCAGCCCAAGAAGUUGAUGAGGACAGAGCAUUUGAUGAAUUCUUUGAGAAACUACAAGUGAUGGAAGAAGGAAUGAAAGAUUUUUUCCCAGGGGAAAGGUCUAAUAACUGCAGUGAGAAUUUGGGACUUCUAGAUAUAAUAAUUGUAGGUUCACUUGGUACAUAUAAGGCAGCAGAAGAAGUACUUGGAAUGAAGGUUUUGGAUCCUGAAAGGAAUCCAUUUAUAUAUUCAUGGGUGAAUACCCUACUUGAGCUGCCUUUGGUGAAACAGACUCUGCCUCCACAUGACAAGGUGGUUUCAAGACUAGAGUUCAUUAAGCAAAAUGGCUUUACGUUUCAAACCAAUAUUUGAAAUGGUCAUAAGACUUAUCACUUAUGGUUUGUAUGAUGAAUAUGUUUGCUUCUUGAUGAUUAACUGUAACUCAAUAUUGCUUUAACUUCUUAGUGAAUCUUAGAGCCUAAAUAUUUUCUGUAUUAUGAAUUGAAGCUUCAAAUUUUGCUCCCAAAUC